AUGGGGAACACGCCGUCGACAGAGGCGCCUCGAAAGGCAACUCAGAAGCUGUCCAAACCUCGAGCAGCCAGCCAUGGAGCGGUGCCCAGGCCACGGAACCUCACAGGAGCUGCUGCUUCCAGCAGCACCCGAAUUUCCGAAUCCUAUCUCGCAGCCUCCAUACCCUUCUCCUCUAGGAACUCGCAGUGCGUCACCGGCGGCGGCAAUGCAGCGCCGGAGCCCUAUGUCGAAAGGCUAUAUGAGCCUUCUCGACGCCUGUCUCGACGAGAAUCCGAAUACAUGCGCAGCCCCGUUCUACCCGACUCGCCCAUAACAGAUUCGAGGUCUCACUCAUUUCAUGCAACUUCCGCAGCAAGCACUCGCCGGCAUAGGAGUUCCGUGAUACAGGAUGAUGCCGAGCGGCCCCUCGCUCGGACGCAGAGUUGGCAUGGUAAUCGGAUGGAAAGGGGUAGGUCGAUGCAGGCGGAGUUGGUUCAGCUUUACGCUUCUCAGCAGCUGCCUCGUACCAGCUCAGAGUUUCUGCAAGAGCUUCAGGUUGCCGCUAUGAACAGCCAGAUGGUAAUGCGCUCGAGCCCGAGCCCGAGCCCGAGUCAAAGCCAAUUUCGCAACCGUCGGGCCUCUAGUGUUGCUGCCUCAUCUUCCAUUGGGAGAACGACUUCAGACCUGUCAAUCUACGCCCCAACACGACGACGCUCUGUGAUCCAGACACCGGGUGUAGCAACACGCCCAAGACGAGAUGACAUGCUCUCCAUUCCAGACAGGUCAACUGCUCGGAACAGUCAACCAGUGUUCGCAGACGAUCAUCAAUAUGCCUUCAAACCGAGUUCCAAGGCGCCAAAGCAUCUUUCUAUGCCCCUCAUGAACAUGGCGUUUGCUCCACUGGAGCGAGCCGUCACCCCCUGCGAAUCGGAUUACAAGCAGUUGGGAGGUAUCAAGUUUGGCUCUCUGGUGAUUACGAAUGGCUCGCCCACUUCAAGCCCUCAAGACAAGGUGAAACAGCCUCGGGACGAACAGCUGCCAUCAGGGUCGAUGCCUGAUGAUGCGGGCCUUGAACUGAACAUGGCACGUCGCAAGAACCGCCCCAGCGUCGUUGGGUCACAAGAAUCGCGGGCCUUGGCAUCCGUCACUGGGUUCAGCUUGGAUGGGAGAGCUUCACAGCGGCCAAUUCGGACAGAGAAAUUUCCCGUGGAGGAUUUGAUGCCCAGCCCGCUUACCAAAGUUCCCAGUCCCCUCAUGGCAUGUGUUGUUGAGACGGAAGACGUCGAGGCAGCCUCUGGCAAGAACUUCGGCGUGUGGAGGUCCAACAGUGGCUUCUCAUCGACGACGUCAUCUGCAUCCUCGCGAACAAACUCCAAGACGGACAGUGGCUACAGCUCCAAUGUCUCAGAGCGCUCUUUUCCGAGCUCAUGUAUUACCGAUACCAGUAGCCAGGGCCAAUCACGACGACCGACUCUGGAGCAGCAGACCAUGACCCCCUUGAUCAAUUCCAUCGAUAGCUUGAAGAAGAGCAGACAGCCGUACAAGCCGUUUGUGCGAUUGGAGAGAGACAAAACCGGCGCUUCAUACAGCGAGGUGGCCAAGGAGGCCACUGCACCUGGGUCUGUCUUCACAAGGCCAAAGGUUAGACGGCAUGAAAAGCAUCUCAUGGCCUCCUCGUCCGGCUUACCAUUGCACAGAAUGGAUGCUAGCACUGCAACCCUCAAUACCAUCUUGAGUGUCGAUACUUUGGCUCCAUCUGACAGCGCCACCGCUGGUUAUGGCAAUGCGGAAAUCGAGGUCGUCGUGAACGACUCCAAAUCGCUCAGAAAACGACGGUCGCUGAGAAAGGUUGCAGAAGCCGCGACGUCAAGGAUGCCAUCAUUGAGUCUGAGCCGUCGCAAGUCUGCCGCAGGCGACAUGAGCGCGACUUCUUCGAGCAAGGCCGAGGCUGAAAAGAGAAGACGAGCAAUGUCUCUGGUGAACGGCGGUUCAUCUGCGCCGGCAAGCAGCAGCAACCUAAUCGCCCUCCCACAGCCGCCCAAGAUCUCGGAUCAACAAGCCAAGGGCUCUUCUCUCAAGGACCGAUCGUCAGCGCCCGAGCUUCGAGUUGCCAUACCGGACAAUGCUCAAUUCAACCGCAAUGCAUCGAACCGCUCCUCCUCCAUCGUCGGUACACCGUCACCAAGGACUCCAAGAACCCGUGGCAUCAUGGAUUCUGGCGUUCCGCCGCCUAUUCCGCCGCAAUUUCGAGUGCCAGCUUUCAAUGCGCCUCCGAACAAGCCGGCUGAUUGGCCAUUGGCUCAACAUCACCGUUCCUGGGAUGGAAGCCAUGCACAAGCACACACAGAACAUGCCCAGGCAGCACAAAACGUCCGGCGCAGCAUGCAUGGAAGUGCCCUGGAUAGUCCAGUUUCUCCGAGACAUGCUCGCCCGGCGCGCAGCAAUCCUCCCACUUAUAGGGGUGUCCGAAUCUGA